CCUCAUUGGUCCACAGAGGCCCUCCCUCCUCCCUUUUAAAAGCUUCCUUUCUCACCUGAGUUACAAAAGAGCUCCUGCCCCUCACCCAUUCAGUUGUCUGUCUCAACCUUCUUUGAAAAAAAAAAAAAAUCAAAAAAGAAAAAAAAGGGAACAACGCGGAACCUCUUUAAGGAACUUCUGAGUAACAAGGUCUAUUAGAGGUUGAGGAAGAAGCGCAUCACCACCUUGUAAACUCCUAAACCUGAAAUCAGCACCCGAACUUCUCCUUCUGUCAUUCUGCUGCGAACCACUAUGCCGGGAGUUGUGGAUCGUAUGGAGCUAAGGAAAGUCUCCAUGGAGGCUGACGAUGACAGCAAUGACAGCCUGGACGACCGCUACACAGAGCCCAUCGAUUCUGAGAAGGCCACCAUCAACAGUCAAUUUUUGGACGAUAAUGAUGACGCAGAGAGCCAGAAGUUCCUGUCAAAUGGGAUGAUGAAGAAGAAGAAAUAUGAGGAAUACCAUGAAGAAUAUCAUCCCGGCCAUGCUUCUUUCGGGAUGUCUGUCUUCAACUUGAGCAACGCUAUAAUGGGCAGCGGCAUCCUGGGUCUGUCCUACGCCAUGGCAAACACUGGCAUUGUGCUCUUUACAAUCCUUCUCGUCGCCGUGGCUAUCCUCUCCUUGUAUUCUGUACAUCUGCUUCUUAUGACAGCUAAAGAAGGAGGAUCCCUCAUCUAUGAAAAGCUUGGAGAGAGAGCUUUUGGUUGGCCUGGGAAAAUGGCGGCAUUUGGAUCGAUAAUUAUGCAAAACAUAGGAGCCAUGUCCAGCUACCUCUUUAUUGUGAAAUAUGAGCUGCCUGAAGUGAUCCGAGCCUUCCUGGGUUUAGAAGAAAACUCUGGUGAAUGGUACAUGAACGGAAACUACCUGGUGGUGUUUGUGUCGAUCGGAAUUAUUCUCCCUCUGUCUCUACUUAAAAAUCUAGGUUACCUGGGCUACACCAGUGGAUUUUCCCUUUCCUGCAUGGUGUUCUUCCUGGGUGUGUUGAUCUACAAGAAGACCCAGCUGCCCUGCCCUCUUCCCUUCUUUUACCACCACUCGUCCAACCUCAGCAUGAACGCUUCAGACAUGCCGGGUUUAUACACGUUACAGAACCACUCGGCACAAAUGGAUUUCUCCCGAGCUGACGUUUCCCCGGCGGUACCGGGCAGCCAUGACGCUCAUCACUCCACUGGAGUCCACUUCGAGCCUCACCCUGAUGAUGAGGAGAUGUGCACAGCAAAAUACUUUGUCUUCAACUCACAGACGGCAUAUACUGUGCCCAUCCUGGCCUUUGCCUUUGUCUGCCAUCCUGAGGUGUUGCCUAUCUACAGUGAGCUUAAAGAUCGCAGCCGGAAAAAGAUGCAGAACGUGUCCAACCUGUCCAUCUUGGCUAUGCUCACCAUGUACAUGCUGUCGGCACUGUUUGGCUACCUUACCUUUUAUGAUAACGUGGAGGCAGAGUUGCUCCACACCUUCACCAAGGUUUACAAGUUCGACACCAUGUUGCUGCUGGUGCGUUUGGCUGUUCUCACCGCCGUCACUCUGACUGUCCCCAUCGUGCUGUUCCCUAUCCGUUCCUCCAUCACCACGUUGCUGUUCAGCAAACGAGAGUUCAGCUGGACUCGUCACAUGCUGAUCGCCGCUGCCAUCCUGGCCUUCAACAACAUGCUGGUUAUCUUCGUCCCCACCAUCAGAGACAUCUUCGGCUUCAUCGGUUCCUCUGCAGCCACCAUGCUAAUCUUCAUCCUACCUGCUGCCUUUUACCUCCGCCUGGUAAAGUCAGUGCCAUUCCGCUCCCCGCAAAAGAUUGGGGCGGCCGUCUUCCUGAUCGUGGGAAUCGUCUUCAUGAUUGGCAGCUUGUCACUCAUCGUCCUCGACUGGAUCCACAACCCCCCGGGCUCCAGCGAUGGUCACUAAGCCCCUCUUUUUCCCUGUUUAGGUUCACAAUUAAGAGUGCAGCAAACCUUCCCCUCAACCCCCACCCCACCAUGUCUCUUCUGGUUCGCCUCAGAUGUUCCCUUCCCUUCAUCAAAUCACAAAACCUCAACAUACUGUAUCAACAUGAUGUGCUGCACCGGGUUAAGACAUCUUCAGUUUUCCCCCAGAAAAUAUUGCUGGAGGGAAACUAUUUAGCUCGGUUUUUAUUUUUAUUUUUGUCUUUUUCUGUUUUUCUUUGUUGCUGUAAAGUUCUGGAUGUGACACAACACAACAAGAGAAUUAAAACCCGGAGAGGGGGAAACAGACUGUGGUUUAACGUGCCACCAAGACAGCCUGAAAUCAUCAUCAUGGUCAUCAUCAUUAUUAUUUCCAGCUAUGAAGAGACAGAACAAACACAUAUUGUGCAGCCCUCAACUGAAGCAGAUCUGUGAACUGCCAUUUGCAGCUGGAAAGACGAUGCAAGUCCCUCAGUCCUCUGUGCACUUGAAGAAGACAUUUGGAGGUGGAAUCUGUCGCCCUCCAUGAAACAAGGAGCACUUCUAGCAUUACGUUUCACUUUGUGUGCAGAACUAAUACACACACACACACACACACACACACACACACACACACACACACACACAUAGAAAUAUAUUAAAAACACAUCGAGAGCCCAUGAAAAAUUCCUAAAAUGAAUCUCAAUCUCAUCUCAAAGCAACAAUUAAUUAGCAACUUUAUUCAAUCAUGUAGAUAGACGUUUUGGUUUAAUUUGCUGCUCUGCUAUAUGUUAACAAUCAGAAGCAUUGCCAAAGUCUGCAAGCACAUACAGUUUUAGCUAAUCGGGUUCAUGCUAGAGCUUUCCAGCUCCACACUAUCAAGGAUCUUCCUCACUGGCCAAAAGAUGUUUUCAUCCUGGCUGUGUGCACGAAGCAUGUAAUAAGGAGAUGCUUUCAGUGUUACUGUCACAGAAGGAUCUUAACAUGCAAGAUAUGAAUGUACAUAAUUAAGUGUCUCUACUGAAAAAAUUAGUGUUGUACAUAAUAUCUUACUUGGCCUCAGGCUUUUUGCCAUUCAGGUUGUAUGAAGUUACACAAUCAUUUCCUAGACACAGUUUGUACACAUGCUGGAAUAAUUUAUUAGGCACUUGAUGUAGGGCUGGACAACUAGCUAUAAACCAUAUGUUAUUUUUAUAAAUAAUUCCUGAAAAAACACGUAUAAAACAAAAACACACAAAUAUACAAAUACAAAUAUACAAUUGGACAAAAAAUGAAUGAAAUUCAAAUAAUAGAACCAAACGUGAAACGUCAAGUAUCCAUAUGUAUGUACAUUCAGGAUGCAAAGAUUGUUGUAAAAUAGUUUCAAACUCGUGCCAUAUCCUUAUUAAGGUUGAAUGAAAACUUUGUAUCUUAAAAUUUCAUUCAAAUGUAAUUUAUGAAAGGCCUUAUUUUUAACAUGAUUGUGUACUAUUCAGUUUAAGGAAUGUGCAUGUUUAGAGUUAAAUAAGAAAACUGACACCAGUCUUGUGUCUGUAUGCUAAAUAUGUAGCCACCGCCAGCCGGCGGUUAGCUUAGCAGAAAGAAAGGAAGCUGGGGUUAACAGCUCUAACUCCUCAUAAAACCACAACUCAGAGGUUUACAUUUUGGUGUGUAUACAAACUAAACAAACAAGAUACAAAAUGUUAAUUAAUGAGAUUUAGAUGUGUUGGUUGGUGGAUUUUAACCUUUAGACAGAGCCAAGCUAGCUGUUUCCCCCUGCUCCUAGUCUUCAUGUCAAGCUAAGCUACUAGCUAAGCUAGGUACUAGCUUCAUCUUUAGAGUACAAACAUGAGAGUGGCCCAAAAUGUCAAAGUAUUUCUUUAAAGAGUGGUGAUUUGGAAGAAGCUGGAUAGUAAACAGUAUCAAACAUACAGGAACUAGCUACAGUAUUUACUAUUUAUAUCUUGCAGAGGAUGUGACCCAUGUUUAAAGUGUAAGAGCACAGUGAAAUAGUGAUGUCAAAAACAUACUUGAUGUCUCACUCAAAAGCGGAAUUUAAUAUCUGCCAUUAAAUAGUCAAAGUUGAUUUUUUUAUGUGAACAUUUUGCUUAGAUAACACCACUUUGUUUUACUGUGUUUUUAAGUUAGCCACAUGUGUCACUUCAUCUGAUUAUGUUGACAAGAUCAAGGUUGAGUCAUUAAUCUUAGUGGAUUGAUUAUCAAAUAUUUGUAAAUUUUAAAAUCAUUGGACACAUCUUAAAAUUUAGUGAUACUUUUAUCUAAAUGUAUAAUCAGAUAAAAAUUGUAACGUCCCCGCUGAUACACAAGGGUUAUUCCUUUACAUGGUGCCUUUUGAGUUUUCCCCAUAAUUGGCUUCUUAUACUGGUGCCUUUGAUAGACUCAUUGACGGCAACAUCAAAAAAAACGAUUUGUCUCAUUUCACCUCUUCUCCAAUGUCGUUGCGUGUCACGAACACAUCCAGCCAAAGUGGACAACAUUUAUAGAUCCUUUGCGGAUCUAUGUACAUGAAGCAAAUAGAUAUUUCAAAUGAAAUAGUGUAUUAUGUGCAUGUUUUUGGAUUACAAACAUGGUCUUUUUGGACAAUUGUAUAUGCUCUGUAAAUAAUCUUUAUUUUAUGGUACACUGACACUCAUUGUCUGUGAAUGGGUUGUUGGGGGAUUCUGCCUUACAAGUCUUCUGCAAUCCAUUUGUUUGUUUUAGUAUAUAUAUAAAUAUGUAUAACAUGUAUUAGAUCUUUUUUUUCUUGCUUAUGACAGUAGUUUUUUUUUUUCUUUUAUUGAAGCUUGUAUAUUUGUAGAAAAUUUGAUCUCUAUAUAUCCAUUUUCAUGUUUUAAUGUUAACUUGUCAUGUCAGGAUGAAUAACUCAACGGCCUACUUCAAAAACAUGGUUUUCCCAGAAAUUUCAGAAACAAGGCAACAUGUUUCUGUAGCUUAUUGGCUCCUGCUUACCAACACUGGGUUGAAAUUAGCGCCACAAGUAAGCAGUAUUGAUGUAGAAACCUGUUUUUCAAAAACGGUGCUGUAACACUUUACAGAAGACAAAAUCAUCUGAUACGUUUCAUAAGCACACUACAGGAAAGUUCUUACAGGACAGAACAUAUGAUAAAUCUGUUACAAGAGCUCAUGGCUCUUCCUCUGCUAUUUAUCACAUGGCACGUAUGCUAACAUGUAGCUGUAUAUCUUUAGUGAAAUAUUACCACGGUAUAACAAAAUGCACAAGAACCUUCCAUGUUCACUGGUUCUGAAGCUCUACCUGGACAAUCGUAGUUCUUACCUUACUGUGGCUACUCAUGUAUAUCACUACUGUCAUAGAAAAACUUUUUCAAAACCAGUUUUGGUGAGGUUUUACUUCCAUGACGUUACUUGAACCGAAGCUUUCCACGGGCCUCAUAAAGUUAGCAAGCUUCAUGACCGAAGGGUCCACACGGCCCGUUCAGUACUCACUAUGAAUGUUCAAAAAUGGAUUGUUUGAAAAUCCGGCUCACUCUCUCUAAAUUUAUUUUUUACGAAUGUUUGGCUGCAACUUGAUUAGCCUCCUGCCAUCAGUGGUUUAUUCUGCUCAUCGGCAGUCCAUGGAGGAGCUUUGUCUCUUCCUCAGGUUGGGUUUCAUCUUUUUAAAGGCUCAUCUUACAAAGAAAGUCUCCCAACACCACACCUCGACCCUUGUUAGUAUCUCAGGUAUUCGGUCUGGCAGAAUUUCUCUUCUCACUUUCAGAUAACUUCUUUAAAUCUCUUCACUUUUGCAUGAUUGAGCCAAGCUGUACAAUACUGUCUUAUAUCAUUCUGGCUAAGUUUAGCAGUCAUUUUGUGGACUUGUAAGAGUAGAGCAGUCCCCAGCCAAUGUUGACAGUGUUUAGAAAGGAGUUGUACACAACCACCUGCCUUAUUUUUCUAUGGACCCUCAGCCGCGGAGAAGCACUGGCUCAAAGUUUCUGCUGUUCAGUGUCUUUUCUUCCUGUGGAUCAGGCUGAACAUACAGAUUUGUAAUUUUACCCAAACAAAGGGGAUGUUUUUUGUAUCAGUGAAGCUGUUUCAUUAUGAUGAACAAUAAAAAUGUGAAA